GGUGUUUCAAACUUCAAAAACAGGAAUCAAGGACCGACAUAAUGGGCACAUGCGAGCGUUCAACUCAACUUUGUGUCGAUCAAAUCUAAUCAUAUAUAGGACUAGGUCUAACUAAUGGCCAUGUUCUCAGGCUCAUUCACAGAGAUAAGAAAAGCUGAAUCAUGUAUGCGCGAAACCUAUUUCUUUGCCACUCGAACGAGAGCAGAUGGAGCCUUCGGCUGAUGACAUCGAUGAUAUCCAAGUCGCAAUGGCCUGGAAUUUGCAUUACUUGGCAUAUACAUGCGUUACGCUGGUUACAAUUUGGACCUACGAUUACAUUAGUUCACUUCAGGAAGAGUGGACAUUCCUACUUCGGUCGCGUUGGACUAAGGUCAAAGCUCUUUAUAUCAUUGCACGAUACGUCCCCUUUUCCCUCGUCGCUGCGGACCUAUAUAUGAUCUUCGCCCCAAACAAGGAUGCUGAUGCUGUGAGCGUGCGGCGGACUUGCCCGCUGGUGAAUGACGCUGACUGCGUGAAUUCGCCAGAAAUGCUGGAUGUUGAUGAAUAUUUACUCAUAACAUAUGCGCUUUGGAACAACAAUCGAAUUGUACUCGUAGCCAUGCUGUCCGCCCUCUUUGCUAUCACUGUAUCAUUCAUCGGCUUUUGGUUUGCCACUUCUGAUGCUACGACUAGCACGAUCUCAGGAACCGUAGGCUGCUCCUGGAACAUGCGCAUUAUUUAUUUCUCCAUGCCAUUUCUUCCCUCGUUUGUAUUUGCACUAGGAUUGUUCUUCCUCGCACUCAUACGGGUCAUACAGAGCUGGCGGACAGCCAGGGGCCCUCUGGGCGCCAUCCUGGUGAAGCACAAUAUGUUUUACUACGCAUGCACCAUGAACGUCCUCACGCCAGUGCUGUUUUCCUAUGUUUCCGCAAACUUCCUCGAACGUUUUCAGGUCUUUAUCCUUGCAAUACUCGCCACGCGCAUGCACCUCCAUCUCUGGCAUGACUACUGGCACGCGCACAACCCUGAUGCCCUCACCGUGCGGUGUAACGUCUUAUCUGUGUGA